UACCAAGAUAGUCUGUUUUUGACAUAGAGAUAGUUAAGAAAUAUCUGCUUUUACAUUUAUAAAUUCAAUAGUGUGUUUCUAUAUUUUUUUUUUGUUCACCCAGAGAAUAAUUCUCUGCUGUAAAUUUCAAAUUUGAUUCAAACACUCGAAACAAAAAGUGUGCACUCAGUAAAAGUGAUAAAACGGUUAGACCAAGAGAGGAGGCGGCGGCAGAAGCAGAAGCGGAAUUUCUUUUUUAUCGCUUGGCACAAGCAACAAUUGACGAAACCAAACGCACGCAAAACGAAACGCAAACGCAGCGAGCGAGCGAAAGAACGACAGAGAGAGAAAGGCACAAACCCACACACACACAUACACACUCAACACACAGAGAUAGACCGACACACACACACACUACUUACACAUACAAGCACGGCACAAAGGUUAUCAUCCACAGCAACAACAACAACAACAAGUUACUUUAAAUAUAAAUAUAUAUAUAUAUCUAUCUAUAUAUAUUAUAUGUAUAUGCAUAUAUAAGGUUCUACAAGAACUGCAAACUGCAACCGAAAAGCAAUCGCCGAACAACGCCUAAAACUAGUGAUUUAUAUUGUGUGUGCAAGACAGAGAGAGAGAGAGAAAGAGCGAGAGCAGUAGAGUAAAGCAGAGUGCGCGCGCGAGAGAGGGAGAUAGAGAGGCCCAGUCAGCAACAGCCUAUGCCGCAUUCGGUUUAAAAAAUUAAACAUUUUGCACAACAAUUGAAACCCACCUCGUACAACAGCAAGAACAGCAACAACAACAACUACUACUACUACUACAGCUGCUGUUUAUCUACAAAUAACAGGGUCAAAAAGGACCAGGACCAGCUACAUCAGCAGCAUAAGCAUUUGCUCCACCUGCUCCAAAAAAAACAACCUCCAUUUCCAUCGACACCUACAACAACAACAACAACAACCACAAAGAUGCGUGAAUACAAAAUCGUUGUAUUGGGCAGCGGCGGCGUGGGUAAAUCCGCCCUCACAGUCCAAUUCGUACAAUGCAUUUUCGUUGAGAAAUACGAUCCCACCAUUGAGGACAGUUACCGCAAACAGGUCGAGGUCGAUGGCCAACAAUGUAUGCUCGAGAUUCUGGAUACAGCCGGUACAGAGCAAUUUACAGCCAUGCGUGAUUUAUAUAUGAAAAAUGGCCAAGGAUUCGUUUUGGUCUAUUCGAUAACGGCGCAAUCCACCUUCAAUGAUCUGCAGGACUUACGUGAACAGAUUCUAAGGGUAAAGGAUACCGAUGAUGUGCCCAUGGUUCUAGUUGGCAACAAAUGCGAUCUCGAGGAGGAGCGCGUUGUCGGCAAGGAGUUGGGCAAGAGUCUGGCCAAUCAAUUUAAUUGCGCCUUCAUGGAGACCUCAGCCAAAGCCAAAGUAAAUGUGAAUGAUAUUUUCUACGAUUUGGUUAGGCAGAUCAAUAAGAAGUCACCCGAAAAGAAACAAAAGAAACCUAAAAAAUCCCUAUGUGUUCUGCUAUAAGACUUCCAAAA